CUCAAUUCUCCGCCCCCGUUUCCUCCUUUCUCCAGACCAACCUUACGACUACUUCGUAAAGCGCUUUUCCCAAUGUUUGUCAAGUGGGUCGUAUGGGCCCCCGCGACAGCUUGCAUUGGGAGCGUUUUCUCCAUGGGGCGUGACACUGGAGAGUUCUGGCCCCCCAAUCCCCCAUCCGACCCAAAUCUGCGUUCCGGACGAACACGCGACGACCGGGGCAUCGGGAUGCCAUGCUCCACCUCGUCGGUUUUUUUUCGUACGCAAAGCGCAAUCCAACUUCCGGCUUGUUUCCCCUGUUGUCACUUGUGAAGGGAGUAUCGAUCGUAUAUAGACCUUGCCUUCUUCCCCCCCUGGACUGUGUGAUGUGACCCUGCUUCACGGCGCUCACAGGCUCUAAAGAGUCCCGACAA